UUUAAAGAGUAAAAUUACCAGAAAUAAUAAUGUGGAAAAGCAGAAAAAUAUUUUAUAAAAUUCUGAUUGACAAUAAUCUAUUAUUACCGAACAAAUAAGCCUGUUUAGAAUAAUUAACUAAGCUCGGAAUAAACUAUAUUGCACAUCAUCAUGACCCUGUACCAACAAUGGAUGAUGUUGUUAAAAUUUAAGUGACAAACGGUACAGCUUAUGUUAAGAAUCUUUUAUAUGUUGAUAAGAAAGUAUACAUCUACCACUCAUUAACUUCUAGUAAAAUUAUUAUUUAAUCUUGGCCAAUCACACAACACAUGUUGGCAAAUUAUUUUGGAAAACUCUUGGAUUAUCAUCAGGUAACAUGAGAAUAAGUAAAGAAGAACAAAUUUUAGAAGCUUUAAAAUCAAGUAAAGGAAAUGUAAACCCUUUUUCUAUUGCGAAUGAUUCAAAUAAUCGAGUAAUUUGUAUUUAAAUUAAUAAAAGGUCAAAAAUAUAAUUAUUGAUGAAGAAUUGACUAAGUUUUAAAGACUGGCGUUGCAUCCAAUCGAAAAUACAACUACUAUCGAAAUCUCUCUAGCUGAUUUAUAGAAUAAAUUCUUGAAAGCAUUAAAUAGGCAAUCUACAAUAGCGAAAUUGACUGAUGCUUCAGCUGAACAACAAUUGUAAUAACUAAAAUAAUAUUAAAAUGAUUAACAAAAUCUAUAAACCUUAGCAAUUACAGUAAAAAAAUCUGAUUUCUCUGAAUGGUAUCAAUAAGUAAUUAGAAAAGCAGAAUUGAUUGAAUAUUAUGAUGUCAGUGGCUGUUACAUUUUGAGACCCUGGUCAUAUUUCAUAUGGGAAUAAAUAUAAAGAUAUUUUGAUGAUCUUAUUAGAGCAGAAGAAGUUGAAAAUACUUACUUUCCAAUGUUUCUAUCUGCUUAGCAAUUGAAUAAAGAGAAGGAACAUGUAGAGGGAUUCAAGGCAGAAGUAGCUUGGGUAACUAAGUAUGGUGAGAGUGAUUUAAAUGAGCACUUAGCAAUUAGACCAACAUCUGAAACUAUUAUGUAUCCAGCAUUUGCUAAAUGGGUAUAGAGUCAUAGAGAUUUACCAUUGAAAGUGAAUUAAUGGACAAACAUUGUGAGAUGGGAAUUCAAAUAUCCGACACCAUUCAUAAGAACAAGAGAAUUUUUAUGGUAAGAAGGACACACCGCUCAUUUUACUAAGGAGGAAGCAGUUAAAUAAGUUUACACUAUUCUGGACUUCUAUGAAUAAGUUUAUGGUGAAUUAUUGGCAGUCCCAGUGAUUAAAGGAGUAAUAGAUAUAAUUAUAAGAAUAGAUUAAAACAGAAUCAGAAAAGUUUGCAGGAGGUGAUUUUACUAGUACAGUUGAAACUAUAAUCCCAUAGAAUGGAAGGGGAUUACAAGGAGCCACAUCACAUCAUUUAGGAUAAAAUUUUAGCAAGAUGUUUGAGAUUAAGUUUGAAGAUGAUAAGAGAUAGAAAGCAUUUGUGUGGUAAACAAGUUGGGGUUUAACAACAAGAUCUAUCGGUGCCAUGAUUAUGUUCCAUGGCGAUGAUAAGGGAUUGGUAUUACCACCAAGGGUUGCUAAAUAUUAAAUUGUUAUAAUUCCUAUUAUUAAUAAAGAUCUUGAUGAAAAGCAUUUAAAUGAAAAAUGUGAGUAAAUUAAAUAGAUGUAUUUAUAUUAGAAUAAAUUUUAGAUUAAUCAAAUAAAAGUUAAGAGUUCACUUUGAUAAUAGAGAUAAUUAUUCUCCAGGAUGGAAAUUUAAUAAAUGGGAAUAGAAGGGAGUUCCAAUCAGAUUGGAGAUUGGACCAGAAGAAUUCAAAAAUAAUGAAGUUAGAGUUGUCUAAAGAUUUGACAAUAAGAAAUAUUAAAUUAAAAUAGAAGAUCUAAAUUAAUUAAAUUAAAUUCUCGAUAAUAUUCACAAUGCUAUGUUUUAAAAAGCUUAAAUAGAAUUAAAGUAAAGAAUCAAACAGGCUGAUAAUUGGAAAGAGUUUAUGGCUCAAUUAAAUCAAAGAAAUACAAUAUUAACUAAAUGGUAUUCUAUUAAUUCAUUCAUGAAGGUGUUAAAGAGAAGAAUGUGAAUAGUAAGUUAAAACAAAGUCAGGCGUAGAAUCAAAAGAGAAGGAUUCAGAGAUUGAUGGGUAGGUUCAACUUACUGGUAGUGCCAAGACUUUAUGUAUGCCAUUGAAACAAGAUGAGAUUAAGGAGGGAGAGAAAUGUUUCCAUUGUGGCCACUAAGCCAAGAGAUAUGUUUUAUGGGGAAGAUCCUAUUGA